AUGCAGAACCCUUCGCUGGAGCGCACGUUCCGAGGUCACAAGUCGGCGGUCACGGGCGUGAGCUUCCACCCGAGCGUGCAGCAGGUGGCUUCAUCCUCGCUGGACGGUCUGGUGAUGGUGUGGAACUUCAAGCCGCAGCUGCGCGCCUUCCGCUUCAAAGGCCACGCAGGGCCCGUGCACACCGUGUGCUUCUCGCCUACAGGAGACGUCCUGGCCUCGGCCUCUCAAGAUCGCACUGUGCGUCUCUGGACGCCCACUGUACGAGGCGACUCGGUCACUAUCAAAGCCCACGCGGGUGCUGUACGCAGCGUGAGCUUCUCGGCCUCCGGACGCGAGUUAUUGACUGCAUCCGACGACAUGUCGCUCAAGGUCUGGGCGCUGCCGACGCGUCGCUUCAAGUGCAGUCUAACAGGCCACAGCAACUGGGUACGCAGUGCCCAAUUUAGUCCCGACGCUCGACGUAUUGCGUCGGGUAGUGACGACAAGACUGUCAAACUUUGGGAUACUGAGACUAAAAGAUGUACCCAUACGUUCUUCGAGCACUCUGGCAUUAUAAACAGUGUAGCCUUCCAUCCCAGUGACAAUGGCAACACGUUGGCCUCGUGUAGCUAUGAUAAAAGUGUCAACUUGUGGGACACGAGAGCGGGGCGUCUAAUGCACCACUAUAAGGCGCACGAGGCCAGUGCGACGUGUGUAGCGUUCCAUCCCACAGGGAAUUAUCUACUCUCAACGUCACAUGACAAUUCCAUAAAAUUGUGGGAUGUCAGAGAGGGCCAAGUGCUGUAUACACUACAGGGACAUGAUGGAGCGGUGAACUGCGCCGAGUUCUCUCCUGACUGCAAGUUGCUGGCGUCAGGGGCAGUGGACUCGUGUGUGUUGGUGUGGGAGGCAGAUCUGGACAAAUGUUUGCAAAUAGAACGACCAAAUCCAAAGGUUGAGGCCACGUCGGUAGUGGAGGAACGACGUAAAACUACUUCACUUCCUCCGACGCCUACGUCGACAGUGCCCACGCCACAAGAGAAACCUCAACAUCCAUUUGCUCCGUCUAAGUACGAAGUGCGACCGAUGAGUCCGCAGAUUAGAUCUCCAGUGUCUAGUGACGCUGCGACGUCGGUACAUCCACCUCCGGUAGUACCGGUAGAGACACCUAAGUCGCCUGGACGGGAGACGAGAUCUCCUAGAGCGACAACCAAUCGACGAUAUUCGAUGGACAACACGCUGCAGCAUAUAGUAGGUCAGCUGGAGAUCAUCACACGAACACUGUCAGUGCUGGAGAAACGGAUCUCUAUCAAUGAAGACCGCAUCUGUGAGGUGGCUAGAGUACAGAAGGAGAUACUGGAGCGGCAGAAAGAGACAGCGAAGCGAGAGUCAGAAAGACAACAAUAG